AUGUGGUUUUCGCAAGUCGAAUAUCAAUUUGCACUUGCAGGAAUCACGGUUGAUGAGACAAAAUUUAAUUAUGUCUCGGGCAAUCUGGAGGCUAAGUACGCCACUGAGGUAAGAGACAUAGUUACACAUCCUCUUUCGACCGGGAAAUACAAUUUGUUAAAAAGUGAAUUGAUUAAACGACUCAGUGAAUCUCAAGAGCAUAAAAUGCGUCGCCUUUUAGAACGCGAAGAAAUCGGGGAUCGUAAGCCUUCACAAUUUUUGCGUCAUCUGCGUGGUUUGGCGGGAACGGUCGUGCCGGACGACGUGCUGCGUCCCCUUUGGCUCGGUCGCUUGCCGGUAGACACUCAAAGGAUCCUAGGCUCACAAACGAGAUCAACUUUAGACGGUAUCGCCACCCUGGCCGAUUCGAUCGCGGAUAUCGCGCCAUCCUCUGGACAUAUAGCCGAAACCUUUCAACCACGAGCAGCUGAUCCGUUAGAAUUAAUUCUUCAACGUCUCAAUUUUAUGGUGAAAGCGCAAAUCGCGGAGGCUACUUCUGCUAUUACUACCUCUUUGCGCCAAGAAAUUGCUGCAGCUUCCGGGAAUCGCGAUCAACCGCGAUACAAUCGUCCGCGUUCACGCUCGCGUGGCCGAAGUCAGUCGCGCGACAAUAACCGAAGUCAGCCGCGUGAUAUGGGAGAGGGUUGGUACCACAGGAAAUUUGGUGCCGAUGCGAAAAGGUGCACGACGCCCUGCACGUAA